UAUUGUAAAUCCCGAUAAGUACAGGCGUUGUAAUAGUAAUUUUGCCGCGUUCUUUGCUUCGCAUUUAUUUUGUGAAACUAAUAUUUUACUCUAAAAAAAACCCACCAAGUUGUAAAAAAAAAUUAUGCAGUGAUGUUGGUGCAAUGGUUAUGCGCCAGAACGCCGAUAUUGGAUAUCUUUACAUGGAAGACAAAAAGCGCGUAAACUAAGCCUACCUUGAAAUAAACCGCUACAAGGUAUUCUUUGUAGUAAGCAUCUGAUUUGUUGAUUUUAUGUGCUAUCUCAUAAAGAAGACUUGGAUAAAAGUGGUGACGAAUUUCAGAAACACAAGAUGUUUUUAGAAAAUAAAAUGGUAGAUGAGAGAAUAUCACGGGCAAUUGACAAUGAUCAUACUGCAGCAAUGAAAGCCCCUGGGGAUAGUAAAAAGCAUAUGCGAAAGAAAACUUCUAGCUUGUAUUCAACUGAUAACAUGAUUACAGUCUGCAUGCUGUGCAAGAAAGCUUUUAAAAAUCAGCUCUUUUAUCGAAAGCAUUUAAGAAUACAUUCAGAAAAAGCAUCUGUCUGUCCAAUUUGUGGGAAAUCCUUUGCAAAAAAACACAUUUUACAGACACACAUGCAGACUCAUGGAAAGCAUCAAUUUCAGUGUCAUUUGUGUCACAAGCGCUUUAGUCAGAAAGGUAAUUUGAAUCAGCAUUUAAAGUUCCAUACUACUAAAAAGACUUACAAAUGUAACAUGUGUGACAAAGAUUUUUAUCAGCAGGAGCAUCUGAAAACUCAUAUUCGUCAUCAUAACAAUGAGCGACCAUUUGAAUGCGAAAUUUGUCACAAAUCUUUUAAUAUAAAAAGUUCACUUCAACGUCACAUGAACUGUCACACAGGUGAGAAACCUUUUAUCUGUGAUAUAUGUAACAGGGGGUACACUCGUCGAUCAGUUCUUAUGUUGCACAUUCAGCAGGUGCAUGAAAAUAAGAAGCCUUUCCAGUGUGAUGAAUGUCAUUUAUGUUUUUCACAAAAGGGUAAUCUCCAAGCUCACUUUCGAAGAAAACAUUUGCAGCCUAAGUCAGAAGGUAAGCGAAGCAAAGACAAAGAUGGAGGUAAAGGAAAGCGGAGUAUUAAAAGACAGCAUGGUAGAACUAAUUCCAAAACUGUUAAAAUAUGUACCAAUAAAAACUUUGUUUCGCAUUUUCCGCAUUCUGGUGAAUCAUCAAAAAGCAAAUUGAACAAAUCUAGAAUGGACAAUACUACACUUCACAGCUAUGCAAGCAAGGUUAAAUCCAUAGUUAAUCGUAAUUCGAGAGCACAAGUCCGUAUACCAGAUGACCAAAAGAUUGUAAACAAGUCCCCCUCUAAGUCAAGCCCUACUUAUGAAAAUGGGAGUGUAAAGGAACAAAUGAAUGGCCAGUCUACAUCGUACAAUUCUCUAAAAUUCAAUUUAGCGUCCUUUGAUAACAGUAGCUCUUGUAGCCUUUCUGAUGAAACUGUGGAUAUUGGUUGUAGUUCAAGCAGCAGUGAAGACAUUCCAGAAUUAAAUUUUCCCAGUAUCUUUGAAAAUCAUGCUGAUGCACCAUAUGAUAUCAAGGCACUGCCUGAUGAUUUUGAUGCUCUUCUGGAUGGGAGAGGUUGGGAAGAAUAUAUGUUGGUAGAUACUGAUAAUAUAUUAAGUUCAGCACUUCCACAUUAUGAUCUUUUAUGUUCUCCUACUAAAUCCAAUAUUGUAUUAUCAAAAACUUCUUCUGGUGGACCUGAAGAAUUGUUCAGUAUCCCUUGGAAUGAUGACUAUACAACUAAUCCAUUAUUUACUGCUGAUGAUUUAGAUGAGAUCAAAGAUAUAUCUAGCAUUUGUAGUGUUAACUCUACAAUCCACAAUACCUUGGAAGGUAUAAAAUUUGAUCCAGAGAAAAGGGUUUAUAAUAACCAAAACUCAAAAACUGCCAGUCAUUAUAUGCAAAAAUUAAACCCAGCUGGAUCAUCUAUACAAGUAUAGACCUGAUUUUUAUAGCCUACAUAGCUGUCAAACCCCCAUCUUUUUAUCUCUGGGAUUAUCCCAAAUAUAUUCAUUUUCUUAUCUAUAAUAUGGCUUAUAUAUAACCUCAUUAUUGUGCAAGUACGUAAUCUUUUUUGCAUGUUUCUGCAUGCAAAGUUUAAAAUUUUUAACUUUAUAUUAAAAUAUUUUUUCUCAUAAGGAAUUUUUGUAAUACUUAAUGAAAAAAUAUGAAAUUUCUUUAUUUAACUGUCAAGAAUCUUUAAAUUUAUUAAAAAUAAAUAUUAAUUCAUAGUUAUUUAUUAAGUAUUUCAAAGGUCAAGGUUUGUCAGCUAUGUUUCUUGUAUGUAGCACACAAAGUACCUAACACUGUUAUCCCUAUUACCAUCCUGUAAUAAAUUUUCUUUUGAGAAUGUGCCCAGAAUUUUUUAAAACAAAUCAUCCAUGCAAAUUUGAAACAGUAAAUGCAACUCAUUCAUUUAAAUAUACUCACCAGAGUUGUAACUAUUAAUGUUACUAAUAACAAGCUGCUUUAUAAAAAUUAAGUCUCAUUAAAAAUGAGUUUUUUUUUUUUUUUUUUUUUUUUUUUUUUUUUAUAUUUGGACAGUAAAAAUACUGUUAUUUAAACAAAAAUAGCUUUUCUAAUGUUCCAGAUAUAAUACAUAAUUAGCUAACAAUAUUAUUUCAACAAUUUUCGUCAUUUUAUCAUGAUUAAAGAACACAUUAUUCUUUAAUAGUUUAUAAAAAAAAAUUUCAGCAUUUUAAUUUUGCUUUUCUCAUACUUUUUAGCUGUUGUAUUUAUUUCUCAAUUAAAUUUCAUAAUCCAAAUCGGUAACAUCAGUCUUCAUUUUUGUGGUAGAAUAUAUAUUAAUUUGAAAUUUGGGAUUGAAAAUAAUAAUGGAAUUUCUUCUGUGUUUAUACUGUAACUAUUUUCACAUCUCGUGUAAAAGUUUGAGGUUGAUUCAUUAUUAUUCUUGAAACAAAUAUAUACCAUUUAUCAUUGAUUAGAAGUAUUAUUGAUACUACUGCAUAAUCUGCCCAACGUUCCUGCAGAGUUGCCCGUUGUUGGAACUGAGUUUUUGCCAACCUGACAUGUGAAAAGCAGUAGUCAUUUUAAAACAUGAUUACACACUGAAAAUUACAGCAGCAAAAUUGAAAAUGCAAGAAACAUAGAAUUGCAUAAAGCAAUUUCAUUUCCCUCGGUCUUCUGACCACAGAGCGUUUUAACUUUAUAAAUUAAAAAAAGAAGAAAAGGAGAAUUGCAGAAUUCUUGGCACUGCUUUUAAUGUAUACAUUUACCUGACUUUACAAAAAAAAGCAAAUUGCAUGAAUUCGAAAAAAGCUAUUAUCGCAGGCAUCUAAGAACAUUUCAUAAACUACUUCCAUGCUUCAAGAUUUCUAUAAUAAUGUUAUAUUGGAGAUAAAUAAAAGUUAGCCAAAUGCAUGAUUUUAUAUGCUUUUUAUUACUUAAUAAUAAUCAUUCUGAACAGGAUUUACAUUUUUUCAGUUGGUAGAUACUGUUCAGCUAUUUGCUUUAAAAUCUCUUCAAAACCACCUUUUUGGCUUUCUUUUCCCUAUUGAAUAGCAUAAAAUUAUUCAGAUGUUUGUAAAACACAACUUCAUGGGAUGUGCAAUUCUACACUUAACAACUAGGUAAAAUGCAAGUUUCUUUUCCAUAAGCAGGCAGACUCUACAGCUGCAUUAUGAGUUGUUGCUGGGGGGGGCAGGGGAACACAACACAUUUAGUAAGUUGCCUACUUCAGCAACAUGGUACUUUGCUCGGUGUUCCUUGUCACGGUUGAGUGGAUAAUGCAAUAGUACCAAUAACUGAACUGAAAUAGAAAAUUUUAUUUCAUUAUGUAGAUUAUUUUUGUAAUUUUAUAAUGCUAAUAGUAAACAAAUAUAUGUGUGUUUGUGUGCAUAGUAAGAUAAAUUGUAUAUUAUAUUUAUGAAAGGCGGCAUUAAUAGUUUUGGUGUGACUGUAUCAUUUGAAAAUUUGCAGUUAUACAAGUUAAUAUCUACAGAGCUACCAACCCUCAUUUCCCAGUUUUUAAGUUUAUUUGAAUAUAAAUCUUUUUCCGGUGUAGUUUUAGAAUUAAUGUAUUAAAAGGAAAUAUGAAGAUGAUGACAAAUUAAGAAAAAUCUAGGGUAAUGACAUAGUACUAUUUUAAUAAACUUAAAAUUGUAUAAUAUGUAUUUUUUUCAGGGUAAUUUUCAGCUUACUUUUUAUUUGAUCUGAUCUGUUUUAAUUUGUUACAUGGAUAAAACACUUUAUGAAGAAUUAAAUAAUAUGUAAUGAAUUUUGCUUUAAAUCUUGCAACGAUACAUUAUUAAGUUUAUCUACAUGCUUAAAUGCAUAUUAUUUCUAUUGAGUUUAAAAGCAUUUUGAUAAGUAAAAAUUUUCUUUUCAAUCUUAAGUUUUUAUCAGCACAAAAUUUUAAGAAAAUUACAAAAUGGAAUAAUAAAAUUAAUGGAAAUGAAUUAAAACAAUAAAUUAAAGUUAUUUAAGUUAAUAUAUUCUUUCUCAGAUUCAUAACUAAUGCAGUAUACAGUGAUCGUAAGUCAGAUUUGCCAAUUUGGAGUCCCUUUUUUUAAAUUUCUGUAUUACAAUAAUGUGAGAAUGUCAUUUUUUUAUAUUUCUAGUUGGCAGCUACACAGAUAGCUCUAACAAAUACUAUAUAUAGUUUCUUAAAGGGGAAUUAAAUUAUUAUAACCAUAAUAACUAAAUGUAUGCCAUAAAAAUAGGUUAAAACAUUGCAAUGCGUUUUGGUUUUUAGAAAAUUUCAUGAAAUGCUUACCAAGAAUAAAAUGUUUCCAUUAUUCAAUGUGUACUAUAAAUUUUAAUUAAACACAGUAACAAUAUUUGAAUAAACUAUCAAAUACGAAUAUUCAUAAUACUGGUGUAUUUUAACGACACAGUACUAAAAAUUGACAUAUUAAAAACAUGAUUCUGUCAUACUUUGUAAUGAUUUCCACUAACAGCCUAAUUGUGCUUACUGUUCCAUAUUUAAAAAAAAAAUUCUUUUGGCCAAGAUUCUUAUGAAUGUUACUGGCAAAGUAUGAAAUACUUUACUUAUGUAUGACAAAUGUUCUUUAGGCAAAGUAUGAAAAAAAGGUCAUGAAAAGGCUAUUAUUUAACUUGUUCUUCAAAAGUACAAAUGUUUUGAAAAAAAAAAUAAUGGAAAUGUCAUUAAAAAUUUAUUAUUCAAGAUAUCUGAAGAAAAAUUAACCUAUUUGUUGUAACAUAGGCUUGAAUGGCAUUUUGAAUUGAUUCACUUUUUCACACAAAGACAUUUCAUAUUUUGGUAUUUUGUUGUACACAGAAGUUGGAUUGAGCAACUGACCAGAAAGGAAUUUCGUGGUCAGAAACAUAUUAAAUUCUAAGCAAGUUAUUAGAACAUAAAAUGAACUGUAAUCUUGUACAUAGUUUUAAAAUUAUUUCAGAAUUUCUUAAGUCAGUAGAAACUACCCCAUUGUCACACUCAUUACUAUAACCAAUAUAUUUCACGAAUUAUUAUAUACUUUCCCUAGGCAUAAAUUUUGCUUUAAAUCUUGCAAUGGUACAUUACUAAAUUUAUCUACAUGCUUAUGCAUAUUAUUAUUUGUGUUUGAAAUCAUUUUAAUAAAUAUUAUUUGAUAUUAUAUGCUUUCCCUGGGCAUAAAUUUAUAUAUGUAUAUGAAGAUGUAUUUCAUAUUCCCAUAUAAUAUUAAGAUGUUAUAUCAUACUUUGCCAGUUUGUCAUUUGGCAUUCUGUGGAAUGUCUUGGCAACAUAUGAAAUAUUUAAUAGUUUCAUAUGCUGUUGGCCAUUGUUUGGCAUUCUAUAAAAUGCCUAGGUGUUCUGUAGAAUGCCAGAUUUCGUGCUUUGCCGGUAACAUAUAUUGUUCAAAUAAACAUGUUUUUUAAAUAUGUGUGGAUGGUUUGUAAAUUUUUAAUACGAAAUUAAAUUUAAACAUAUUAAAUAAAACAACCAAGGAAUUUUAUACUAUAAAAAAAUUUUAACCUUUGUGAAAUAUUUCGAUUAUCAGGCAAUUGGGAAUUUUUUUUACGCAUUUGUUGGUUUCAGUAUUUACCUUAUUUACCCCAUUGCAUGUCCAAUAUUUCAUACUGUAAAAUAAAGUAUUAUGGAUGUAAAUGUGCAUUACAUAAAUCACAAGCUACUGUGUAAUAAACAAUAUUUAGAAAA